AUGGAUUCGCCACGUGGCGGAAUUCUAGGAAGAGCUCUCCAGGAAGCAUCCACGUCAUCAUCUACAGUAAUCCGAGAUAGAAGAGCAUCACAUGAUGUGGAUAUUGAUACAGUACCAGUUCCAGUUAGACAUCUGGGAAUUAGAAGACCGCCCAUUCAGAUGCUCCCACACUCUCAACCUGGUCCAUCUCAUGUGUCCAUAGUUCAUAUUCCUGGUGGACCACCAACGACUUCUUCCACAACAGAGCACACAUCACAUCGCAUUGAGUCUGGCAGGCUUCUGAGAAGACGUCGCCAAUCCCGAGAAUACACAAGCACCACCACACGUCCUCAACCACCAAGCAUCCCUCCUCGCCCAUAUGACGUCCCCAUCACGGCGUCUCGAGAAAGUUCUGGAUCUACAGUAACCGGAUGGGACCAUCGACAUCGACCAAAGUCUGCUGAUGAAGAUAGGCAGGAAUUCGAGAGAAGGCAAAGAAGAAGUGGCGGAGGAGGUGGCGGAAUUCUGGCGAGAGGGCUUCGAGAAAUGAAUAAAAUGGUGGAGGAGUUGGAACAGGCCAGUGAGGAGCCACAGACACGACAAGGCAUACUUGGAACGGCGUUAGAGGAUAUGAAAGGGGUUACGUAUCAUAAGAUUUAUAGGAGGAGGGAGGAGCCAAAGCGCUCCCGAUCGUUUGACGAUAAUGAGCUCUCAAAUCGAGUCGGAAUGAUUGAGCAACUACUGAGAGAUAAGGAUCCACUGGAGCUUAAACAACUUGGGCUUACUGAACUCCUUAGCGCCGAUGGCGAUGUCACAACCCCUGGCCGUCCUAUACCUGCCCUCCGCCGAUCCUCAACCCAUCUUCAAAUCGGCAAGAACUCUCGAGUCAUUUUUGUGCCUAAAAAUCCCAGUAGAGACAGUUUGACACCACCGGACCGACAUGGAAACACUCUCGGAAAACCUCCAUUCCGAGAAAGUAUAACUUCCCAUGCGUCGUCUCAUGAAGAAAUGUCAAGUGAGGAUUUGGCAAUGGCCGAUCCACAGACAAAGAUUUUAUAUUUUGCGAAGAGAGAUGAAUGGGUUAAUGUGGAAACUGAGAUGGGCACAAUCAAGAGGAGCGAUUUCAGUAUGGCUGAUAAUCAUGGCUUCACUGCAUUCCUUCUCGCUGUCAAAGCUGGAAAGGAUCAAAUCGUCGACAAAAUGAUUCGAAAAGGCGCCAGAGUGGAUUACAUCACCAAAGACGGCCGAAAUGCCACUCAUAUUGCAGCCAUGUAUUCUGGUGUAGAGACCCUUGAACUCAUUUUAAAAAGAUAUUCCGAGUUGCUCCGAAAAGGGGCGGGGCCUAAAAAACAGCUUGCAAUCCACGUGGCUUGUGAGCGAAAAUCGAAAAAAGCAUUUCCAAUCGUCAAGCGGAUUUUGGAAGAUGCCGAUCAGCGAAUGGCCGAAGAUGGCGAGGGAUCCCUCCCUAUUCAUUUGGCCUUCAAAUUUGGAAAUGUGAAUAUUGUGGAGCUAUUGUUAUCAGGACCGUCGGAUGAGCAAACGAGGAAGGCUGAUGGAAAUGGGGAUACUUUAUUACAUUUGGCAGCGAGAAGUGGUAGUAUUGAAGCUGUGAGAACAGCGAUCGCGGCUGGUUGUGAUAAUGCGAAUGUGCAAAAUUUGGUGGGACGGACGCCGCUUCAUGAGGUAGCCGAGGUUGGGGACCAAGGAAUGCUCAAAAUCAUGUUCAAACUUCGCGCCGAUGCAAACAUCCAUGACAAAGAGGACAAAACUCCAGUCCACGUGGCAGCCGAGAGAGGAGAUACGCAGAUGGUGGAGUCCCUAAUUGAUAAGUUUGGAGGAUCUAUCAGAGCUAGAACUAGAGAUGGAUCCACCCUACUCCACAUCGCUGCCUGCUCAGGACAUACUAGUACUGCACUGGCGUUUUUGAAAAGAGGAGUCCCUCUUAUGAUGCCAAACAAGAAAGGAGCACUUGGACUUCAUUCUGCCGCAGCUGCUGGAUUCAACGACGUCGUUAAGAUGUUGAUCCUUCGAGGAACCAAUGUAGACGUGCGGACUCGGGACAACUACACGGCCCUUCAUGUUGCUGUACAGUCUGGAAAGGCUUCUGUUGUUGAGACAUUGCUGGGAAAUGGAGCAGAUAUUCAUGUGAAGGGCGGAGAGUUGGGACAGACUGCAUUGCACAUUGCUGCUAGUUUGAAUGGACCGGAGAGUCGAGAUUGUGCGAUGAUGUUGUUGAAGAGUGGAGGACAGCCUGAUGUGGCUCAGGUCGAUGGAGAGACUUGUUUGCAUAUUGCGGCGAGGAAUGGAAAUAAAGAAAUUAUGAGGUUGGAAAAUUACAGAUUUGAAAAACCACAACUUCUCCUUGACGAAAAUGCUCACUCCCAAAUCUGCUCGAAAAUCGGAGAAACUCCUUUACAAGUUGCGGCAAAGUCCUGUAACUUUGAAGCAGCGUCAAUGAUUCUGAAGCAUUUAUCAGAGAUUUUGACGCCAGAGCAACUCAAAGAGCAUGUCAAUCAUAGGACUAAUGACGGAUUCACGGCUCUCCACUAUGCCGCAGAGAUCGAACAACGACAGUUACACUUCCCUGGGGAAGACGCAAAGCUAGUAAAUCUUCUGAUUGACUACGGUGGAAUGGUUGAAAUGCCUUCUCUGAAUGCGAACGAAACUGCAAUGCAUAUGGCUGCGAGAUCUGGAAACCAAGCGGUUUUACUUGCAAUGGUCAAUAAAAUUGGAGCGGGAGCUGUGCAAAUUGUGCAGAACAAGCAGAGCAAGAAUGGAUGGUCUCCGUUGUUGGAGGCGUGUGCCAGAGGACAUUUACCAGUGGCGCAGACUUUGUUGAAGGUUUCACCAGCUCGUAUCGACGUAUUCGACGAAAUGGGACGAACCGCUCUUCAUUUGGCAGCUUUCAAUGGUCACUUAUCGAUAGUACAUCUUCUAUUACAACACAAAGCAUUUGUGAACAGUAAAUCAAAAACUGGAGAGGCUCCGUUACACUUGGCAGCACAACAUGGGCAUGUGAAAGUGGUAAAUGUGUUGGUUCAGGAUCAUGGAGCAUCGCUUGAAGCGAUCACUUUGGAUAAUCAGACCGCGCUCCAUUUCGCUGCUAAAUUCGGUCAACUGGCAGUUUCUCAAACUCUUCUGGCUCUCGGAGCAAAUCCGAAUGCUCGAGAUGAUAAGGGACAGACCCCGUUGCAUUUGGCAGCUGAAAAUGAUUUCCCGGAUGUUGUUAAAUUGUUCCUAAAAAUGAGAAAUAACAAUCGGAGUGUGCUGACAGCUAUAGAUCAUAAUGGAUUCACAUGUGCGCAUAUUGCAGCGAUGAAGGUGGGAUUUUUGUUUGCCCUACUUGGAAGUUUGGCAGUAGUCCGAGAAUUGAUGAUGAUUGACAAACCAAUGGUUAUUCAAGCCAAAACUAAGACCCUUGAAGCUACAACUCUUCAUAUGGCUGCAGCAGGUGGACAUGCGAAUAUUGUGAAGAUUCUUCUGGAAAAUGGAGCAAAUGCAGAGGAUGAAAACUCGCACGGAAUGACUGCUCUUCAUCUUGGCGCUAAAAACGGAUUCAUCUCAAUUCUGGAGGCCUUCGAUAAGAUUCUCUGGAAACGAUGCUCCAGAAAAACAGGACUCAAUGCUCUCCACAUUGCCGCUUUUUAUGGAAACUCGGAUUUUGUGAAUGAGAUGUUGAAACAUGUUCAAGCCACUGUUCGAUCGGAACCCCCAAUUUAUAAUCAUCAUGUGAAUAAGGAGUUCUCAACGGAAUACGGAUUCACACCGCUUCAUUUGGCUGCUCAAAGUGGUCAUGAUAGUUUAGUGAGGAUGUUGUUGAAUCAGGGUGUGCAGGUGGAUGCGACCAGUACCACAAUGAACGUCAUCCCACUUCAUUUGGCUGCUCAACAAGGUCACAUCGCAGUAGUAGGAAUGCUUUUAUCCCGAUCUACACAACAACAGCAUGCCAAGGAUUGGAGAGGAAGGACGCCACUUCAUCUAGCCGCUCAGAAUGGACAUUAUGAGAUGGUCUCGUUGUUGAUAGCUCAGGGAUCCAAUAUCAAUGUAAUGGAUCAGAAUGGUUGGACUGGUCUUCAUUUCGCCACUCGAGCUGGUCAUUUGAGUGUUGUCAAACUCUUCAUCGACUCUUCCGCUGAUCCUCUCGCAGAAACGAAAGAAGGGAAAGUUCCUCUCUGCUUUGCCGCUGCUCACAAUCACAUUGAAUGCCUUCGCUUCCUUCUCAAACAGAAACACGAUACGCAUCAACUAAUGGAAGAUCGGAAGUUCAUAUUUGACCUGAUGGUGUGCGGAAAAACCAAUGAUAAUGAGCCCCUUCAGGAGUUCAUUUUACAAUCGCCUGCUCCGAUUGAGACUGCUGUCAAGCUAUCUGCUUUAUAUCGGGAUAUGUCGGAGAAGGAGAAGGAGAGGGCAAAGGAUUUAUUGAAUGUCGCCGUGUUCAGUGAGAAUAUGGCUGUGGAAUUGUUAGGAAUCACGGCGACAGAGUACAAUGCUGCACUUUUGUUGAAGGCGAAGGAUAAUCGGGGGAGACCCUUAUUAGAUGUGCUGAUUGAAAAUGAACAGGUGGGAUUUUCGACUACAUUACCUUCUAGCCGAAACUGUCGGAAUCCGAAAGAAGUGGUAUCGUAUGCAUCUGUCCAACGCUAUCUAACAGAAGUGUGGACCGCCCGUGUCGAUUGGUCCUUCGGAAAAUUUGUCGCAUUUUCUCUAUUCGUUCUGAUGUGUCCCCCAGCAUGGUUCUAUUUCUCAUUACCCUUGGAUAGUCGAAUCGGUCGAGCUCCAAUUAUCAAAUUUGUGUGUCAUAUUGUCUCUCACGUCUACUUCACGAUCCUGCUGACUAUAGUGGUGCUCAAUAUAACGCAUAAGAUGUACGAAGUAACAUCAGUCGCUCCGAACCCUGUGGAAUGGCUUUUGCUCCUUUGGCUCUCCGGAAAUCUGGUCUCUGAAUUGUCGACUGUCGGUGGAGGAUCUGGUUUGGGAAUUGUCAAAGUGCUCAUUCUAGUGCUCUCAGCAAUGGCCAUAGCGGUUCAUGUCCUGGCAUUUCUACUCCCAGCGGUGUUUUUGACCCAUUUGGAUAACGACGAAAAAUUACACUUUGCUAGGACAAUGCUCUAUUUGAAGAACCAACUUUUCGCAUUCGCACUUCUUUUUGCAUUUGUUGAGUACUUGGAUUUUCUCACAGUGCAUCAUUUGUUUGGUCCAUGGGCUAUUAUUAUUCGAGAUUUGAUGUACGAUUUGGCUCGUUUCCUGGUGAUUCUGCUGUUGUUCGUUGCUGGUUUCACACUACACGUCACAAGCAUCUUCCAGCCCGCGUACCAACCAGUCGAUGAGGAUAGUGCAGAACUAAUGCGUCUUGCAAGUCCCGAACAAACGCUCGAAAUGCUCUUCUUCUCACUUUUCGGACUCGUUGAGCCGGAUAGUAUGCCACCGCUUCAUUUGGUUCCAGACUUUGCGAAAAUUAUUUUGAAACUACUUUUUGGAAUUUACAUGAUGGUCACAUUGAUUGUUUUGAUCAAUUUGUUGAUUGCUAUGAUGUCUGAUACGUAUCAGAGGAUUCAAGCACAAUCUGAUAAGGAAUGGAAGUUCGGAAGAGCGAUUUUGAUCCGGCAAAUGAAUAAGAGAAGUGCUACACCGUCGCCAAUCAAUAUGUUGACCAAAUUCUUGAUUGUGGUUAGGGUCGCAUGGAGGAAUCGAUUAACUUCUAGACUGCUUAAAUUUCAAAUUUCCUUAUUUUCAGUACGCUGCAUGACAAGAAAAGCUCAAGAUGAUUUACGAUUCGAAGAGAACAUUGACGCAUUUUCGAUGGGUGGAGGACAACAAGGAAGGACUAGUCCGACGAUGCGGCCUGAUGAAGGAGCAGAAAUGGGCGGUCAACGAGCCGAACUCGGUCGAUCAGCUGAUUGGAAUAUCGAAACAGUAAUAGAUUGGCGAAAAAUUGUAUCCAUGUACUAUCAGGCAAAUGGAAAAAUGGAUGAUGGGCGGAAUAAAGAGGAUCUUGACCUGGCGAAUGCUCUUCCAGCAGCUUUUAAUUGA